UGUUUAUUAGGUAUAGAAAUAUGACCUAUAUAUCAUUUAUUUUAGGUGAGAAAGCUUAUGAUCCUGAGCACUUCCACCAUAGGGUCCAUCGAGUCAUGAUUGACGACCACAAUGUCCCCACUCUGAAUGAGAUGCUGCAACUUGCGAAGGAAGUAGUUGAGUGGCUGGCUCAAGAUACAGAGAACAUUGUAGCGAUUCAUUGCAAAGGCGGCAAAGGACGCACAGGAACUAUGGUUUGUGCCUGCCUUAUUGCCAGUGAAGUGUUUGUAACUGCAGAGGACAGCCUUUAUUAUUUUGGAGAACGACGAACAGAUAAAACCACCAGCUCUAAAUUUCAAGGGAUAGAGACCCCUUCCCAGAGUAGAUAUGUUGGAUAUUUUGCAGAUGUGAAAAAUAUCUACAAUUUGAAUCUUCCUCCAAGGAAAAUCGUCAAGAUAAAAAAAAUUGUUAUUUAUUCAAUUCGUGGUGUUGGAAAUGGCAAUGGAAAUGAUCUAAAAGUACAAAUAACAAUGGAGCGAAGGAUUGUCUUUGUCUCUGCUGCUCACAUAAACUGCAGGGUGGAUCAUGAAGUCGGAGAAAACAAAGUAAUAAUUAGUCUGUUUGACUGUCCACCUCUCUAUGAGGAUGUCAAAGUGAAAUUUUUCUCGCCACAUAUUCCUAACUACUACGAUAAGUGUCCCUUUUUCCUGUGGUUUCAUACAUCUUUUAUAAAAAAUAACAGGCUUUAUCUAUCAAGAAGCGAACUAGACAAUCCCCACAACAAAAAAACAUGGAAAAUUUACCGUGCAGAUUUUGCAGUUGAGUUCUGUUUUGAUGAAGUCAUAGCUGAUGAAGUCAUAACUGACGUCUAGACACAGUAGCCCUUCCAGAACAGAUCAAUUCUUCCCAAACCCUGCUACAUGUUUACAGAGCUGAUAAACCUAUAUCCUUCUCGAUAUACAUUUAAAUAUAUGUAAACAUGGUCUUAAGAAAUCUAUUAAAUAUAUAAAAGAUAAAAUGUCAGUGGCAAUUUUUUCU